AUGGAACAUAUCAGCAUGGUCCAGCUGCUAAUUCGACUGCUUUGCUGCGCUGUGGUGGCGGAUUUAAACGUUGCCAUUGGUCUAACUGCCGCAGGCACCAGUAGGAAAGAACGGUCAGGUUUUACAACUCAGUGUGCGUUGGUAUCUACUCAACGCCGGUACUUAUCUGAUCGUUAUAUUCCCACAGUAACGAACCCCAGCUCUACAGUUAGCAGCCAGUUUGUUUGCGCCAACGGUUCUGGAACCAUAAACAGAGCACUCUUAUGCAAUGGUCGAAUUGAUUGUCCAGAUAGUUCCGACGAAAAUUCCCCUCAGUGUGACGGCAUCUCAUGCAUCAACUUAUUUCCCUGUCUCAACAGAAAAUGUGUAGGGUUAAACUCAGUUUGCAAUGGUAUCAACGACUGUGGAGAUAACUCCGAUGAAGAUCCAACAAUCUGUAGGUGGGUAGCUGCGUCAAAGGUUUUUAAAUGUGGAACCGGUCAAAUAUUGAAAGGCGAAAAUAUUAUAUGUAAUGGUAUUUACAAUUGCAGGGACAGAACUGACGAACUUUACUGCAGCCUGUGUCCAGAAGGCCUGUCCUGUGAUAAAGGACGCAGAUGUGUGAAGGUUGAAUCUAUCUGCGACCGUGUUCAGGACUGCUAUGAUGGCGCCGAUGAGACCUGUUUUAGUCCGAACAACCAAAAAUGCAAUGUUGGCGAUUUUAUAUGUCCAACUGGCAUAUGUGUUAAAAGAGAUCACAUUAUGUCAGGUAGUAGCUGCUGGGUUUCACAGAAUCCAACCCGAGAAGAUAAUCAGAAAUACUGUAAAUCUCCUAAUGUAUUGUGUGAUGGUGGAAAUAAAUGCAUUCCCCCCGAGUACAGAUGUGACGGCAAGCGUGACUGUCAGGACGGAACUGAUGAAAUGAGUCCAGAUAAGAAUAUAAUGAGUGACCCGAGUUACAAGUGUGGUAAUGGCUACUGUGUCUCCCAUCUGGCACUGUGUAAUGGCACCAACGAAUGUGGAGACAAUUCUGAUGAAGACUUCGGUAAUGGCCAAUGUCCCUUCUCGGCUGUCAACUGUAGUUCUGUAGCACAUAUUCGCCCGCCAUAUUGGCAAUGCGACAAUGGCUUGUGUGUACCCCCUUAUCAAGUAAACAACGGUAUAAACAAUUGUGGUGACUCCUCUGAUGAAAAGAAUUCAACAGUUAUCUAUUUCACCUGCACUAAUGGGAAGAAGCUGCUUCGUUCUUUUCUCUGCAAUAGCCGGGACGACUGCGACGACAGUUCUGAUGAAAGUGCUUUCUUAUGCGCAGUAAACACAACACGACCAGCAUGUUCUCAAGCGUCCUGCCCAUCUGGCAAGUGCCUGAACUACAGAGACUUCUGCGACGGUUUUAACGACUGUGGAGACAACUCUGAUGAACUAUCAUGUCCACUAACUCCUCCAUGUAGACAACACACUUGCCCGUCAGGUAAAUGUAUUAAUGUAGCUGACGUCUGCAAUUUGGUCAACGACUGUGGAGAUAACUCCGACGAAGCAGGAUGCCCCUCGUGUUUCUCUUUCCAGUUCACAUGUAAUAGUUCAGGGCAGUGCCUUCCCAGCAGUAAGAGGUGCAAUGGUGUCAAAGACUGUAGCGACAACUCUGAUGAAAUUGGGUGUGCCAAGCCAUGUUUUGGACACACCUGUCCAUCAGGAACCUGCAUCCUCAACAGCCAGAUGUGCAAUGGAGUCAAUGACUGCGGAGACAACUCUGACGAAUCGAAUUGGACUUGCUCCAGCACCAUAUGUUCCAGUACAUUCUGUAUAUCAGCCUCCUGGACAUUCACCCCCAAACAUGUCGCUACUGGUAUCUCCGUGCCCAGUGGCUUUGUAAUAUUUGGUGGUGGAUGUUGUUUCUGGAUAAGACGACGAAGGAGAUUGCGAAGCAUUCGAGGAACGAGAAUGGCACGAGCUGUAGUCACAAAUGCCACCACUAACGAGCUGCCCUCUUACGAAGAAGCUGUAGGCAGAACUGUGACUAGUGAAGGAGUCACUAAUCCGGCAUAUGACUCGUCUGCGUCAGUGCCCAAAUAA